UCACUUUGCUCCUCCGUGUUGAGAAUUCGAAUGGAAGACGAUACAGGAGAGAAAUCCAGCUUCAUCGUUGGUAUCAUUGAGAACCGCGCCAAAGAGGUUGGAGUGGCUGCAUUUGACUUGAGGUCAGCUUCAUUUCACCUUUCUCAGUAUAUUGAGACGAGCAGCUCAUACCAGAACACAAAAACACUACUGAAUUUUUAUGAUCCUAUGGUGAUUAUUGUUACACCUACUAAGCUGGCUCCUGAUGGCAUGGUUGGAGUUUCUGAGCUGGUUGACAGAUUUUUCUCUUCAACCACAAAGGUUAUGAUGGCUCGCAGUUGCUUUGAUGACACCAGGGGUGGUGCUCUAGUUAAAAACUUGGCAGCCAAGGAAUCAUCUGCUCUUGGUUUGGAUACUUAUUACAAGCAAUAUUAUCUAUGCUUGGCUGCAGCUGCUGCAACCAUCAAGUGGAUAGAAGCAGAGAAGGGAGUCAUCAUCACUAACCACUCAUUAUCUGUUACUUUUAAUGGAUCAUUCGACCACAUGAAUGUAGACGCCACUAGUGUCCAGAACUUGGAAAUCAUUGAGCCGAUGCACUCUAGUCUUUGGGGCACUAACAACAAGAAGAGAAGUCUAUUUCAUAUGCUCAAGACAACAAGGACCAUUGGAGGGACUAGACUAUUGCGAGCCAAUCUUUUGCAGCCUCUCAAAGACAUUGACACUAUCAAUGCCCGACUUGAUUGCCUGGAUGAGUUGAUGAGCAAUGAGCAGCUGUUCUUUGGCUUGUCCCAGGCUCUUCGUAUGUUUCCAAAGGAAACUGAUAAAGUCCUUUGUCAUUUUUGCUUUAAGCAAAAGAAAGUUACUAAUGGGGUCCUGGCCAUAGACAACUCCAGAAAGAGCCAAAUAUUGAUCUCAAGCAUUAUUCUUCUUAAAACGGCUCUAGAUGCAUUACCAUUACUCUCCAAGGCGCUUAAGGAUGCCAACUGUUUUCUACUCAGAAAUGUUUACAAGUCUAUAUGUGCAAAUGAAAAAUUUUCUUCCAUGAGGGAAAGGAUUGGAGAGGUUAUUGAUGAAGAUGUUCUUCAUGCACGUGUCCCUUUUGUUGCUCGAACUCAGCAGUGUUUUGCUGUCAAGGCAGGAAUUGAUGGGCUACUAGAUAUUGCACGCAGAUCUUUCUGUGACACCAGUGAAGCGAUACAUAACUUGGCCAACAAGUACCGAGAGGAUUUCAAGCUGCCGAAUUUGAAAAUCCCAUACAACAAAAGGCAAGGUUUCUACUUUAGCAUACCUCAGAAGGAUAUACAGGGAAAACUUCCCAGCAAGUUCAUCCAGGUCAUAAAACAUGGAAACAACAUACAUUGCUCUUCUCUGGAACUGGCCUCUCUGAAUGUAAGGAACAAGUCUGCAGCUAAAGAGUGCUAUAUCCGGACUGAAUUUUGCCUGGAAGCCUUAAUGGAUGCCAUAAGGGAGGAUGUCUCUGUGCUCACUCUUCUAGCGGAGGUGUUAUGCCUUCUGGAUAUGAUAGUUAAUUCAUUUGCUCAUACAAUAUCCAUGAAGCCAGUUGACAAAUAUACUAGACCUCAGUUUACGUAUGAUGGUCCAUUGGCAAUUGAUUCAGGAAGGCACCCAAUUCUUGAAAGUGUCCACAAUGAGUUUGUUGCGAACAACAUUUUUCUGUCUGAAGCAUCAAAUAUGAUAAUUGUUACAGGCCCAAACAUGAGUGGAAAGAGUACUUAUCUUCAACAAGUUUGCUUGGUAGUCAUCCUUGCUCAAAUUGGUUGUUACGUUCCCGCCCGCUUUGCAACAUUAAGAGUAGUUGAUCGCAUAUUUACUAGGAUGGGAACUAUGGACAGUGUUGAAUCAAAUUCCAGCACGUUUAUGACAGAGAUGAAGGAGACGGCGUUUAUCUUGCAAAAUGCUUCUCAUAGGAGUCUCAUUGUUGUGGAUGAAUUAGGAAGAGCAACAUCUUCCUCUGAUGGGUUUGCAAUUGCAUGGAGUUGCUGCGAGCAUCUGCUCGCUUUAAGAGCGUACACUAUCUUUGCUUCUCAUAUGGAAAACCUAUCUGAAUUGGCCACCAUUUAUCCAAAUGUCAAAAUUGUUCACUUCGACGUUGAGAUUAAGAACAAACGGAUGGAUUUCAAGUUUCGACUGAAAGAUGGGCCGAGGCAUGUAGCACACUAUGGCCUCAUGCUAGCAGGAGUAGCUGGACUGCCAAGUUCUGUGAUAGAGUCUGCUCAAAGCAUCACAUCAAAGAUUACCGAAAAGGAAGUGAAGAGAAUAGAGCUUAAUUUCCAGCAGCAUCACGAUAUUCAAAUGGCUUACCGUGUUGCUCAAAGACUCAUAUGCCUCAAAUAUUCCAACCAAGAUGAGGACUCAAUCCGGCAAGCACUGCAGAAUCUUAAAGAAAGUUAUAUUAACGGCGGGCUUUAAAGCUUCGAAACAACUAUUGGUGAUUUAGUCUUUGUCAUAGUUGAAACCAUAUUUAGGAAUUUUCCUUCACUUGUUGUGGGGCUAUUCUUGUAGCGCAGAAGAUGAAAUUUAACCUCUCAUUGAAGCUAUUGAAGGUUUGUACUUCGGAUAGUUUCGAGUAGGGUAUUUUCACUUUUUUGGUCCUCAUUACUGCCAUUAGUUCUGUGAAUUCUAUAGUUUCACCUUUGUCUUACAUUGGCAAUUUUAACAAAAUUCUUCUCCGGGAACCAAAAAUUUUAAAUGUAAAAAGUGUUGGAGAUUUGCUUGAAUGAGAUACUUUUAUGUGGUGGCUAUGAGAUAUUUUGAAUAUCAUGUUCUAAUUCUACAUUUCAUGUUCAUGUGUGUCUGCCACAUCUAUGAUUAGCAAAGUAACAGACCAAAGAGUAGUGUGCGAGGACACAGGAAAUACACGGUGUUAAGCUCAAAUACACAAACAUAAUUUUUCACACAAAUGAGACAUUUGACUUUACUAGCACCAUAAUGGAAGUCAUAAUUGAGACAGCUUACAUUUACAGAAAAUCUAGUAGGUGCAAUGUAAAGUGUAUUUGCUUCAGCUCUACAUAGAAGUUACUUUAAGAUACUGG